GGACACACACACACACACACAAACACACUCAAACACACGCACACACACACACACACCUGUGCUCGCGAAAACGCACGCGCACACGGCUGUCAGGCGUGUCAGAGACGCGCUCGAGCCCGCGUGUGAGUUGAGGGUUGAGAGGUAGAGAGUCCCGGUGCUCGGUGGCUCCUCGCGGUGCUUCCUCGCUGAGCGGCGCCGCUUCUCUUGACUUGUGUCGGGUCAGUUCUCGGAGCUCGACCGCUUCAGUUUCUUUUUCUUUUAUUAUUUUUUUUUUCUUCUUCUUUCUUUUUCUUCUUUUCUCGCUUCUCCAGAAAUAAAAUGCGGUUCUGACAGGAGCCGGGGCUGCGGGCGCCGCCGGCUCCUCCUGACCGGAAAAUGAAGCGUCUCUGUCGGAGGCUGGCGGUGGCCGUGGCGGUGCUGGUGUGGCUGGGAGCGCUGGUUUAUCUGCUGGUGCUGAGCCGGAGGAAGCUCCCGGAGCUGGGCACCGGAGCUGGAGGAGGAGCGGGAGGAGCGGGCGGAGAGGCAGCGUUCAACCAGAUUUCAGAUGCGGAGUGGGAGGACAUGCUGGAGGGCUUCGACGAGCGGAGUUACCUGAGCGCUCGGCGCUGGAAGCCCGGCGACGACCCCUACACCCUGUACGCCUUCAACCAGAGGGAGAGCGAACGCAUCCCCAGCAACCGAGCCCUGCGGGACACCCGGCACUACAGGUGCACGACUCUCCACUACGACUCUGAUCUUCCUCCAACCUCCAUCGUCAUCACCUUCCACAACGAAGCCAGAUCCACGCUACUGCGCACCAUCAAGAGUGUUUUAAACAGGACUCCGGUUCAUCUCAUCUACGAGAUCAUUCUGGUCGACGACUUCAGUGACGACGCCAGUGACUGUCAGCUCCUCAUCAAACUACCCAAAGUCAAAUGUCUUCGCAACAACAAGAGAGAAGGUCUGAUCCGGUCCAGGGUCCGAGGGGCCGACGCCGCGAGGGCCCGAGUCCUCACCUUCCUGGACAGUCACUGUGAGGUGAACAAAGACUGGCUGCCCCCCCUCCUGCAGAGGAUCAAACAGGACCCGACCCGUGUGGUCAGCCCAGUCAUCGACAUCAUCAACAUGGACACGUUUGCGUACGUGGCAGCCUCAGCGGACCUACGCGGAGGUUUUGACUGGAGUCUCCAUUUUAAGUGGGAGCAGCUGUCGUCUGAGCAGAGAGCUCGCCGGACCGACCCGACCCAGCCGAUCAAGACUCCCAUCAUCGCAGGUGGGCUCUUUGUGAUCGACAGGUCCUGGUUCAAUCACCUCGGGAAGUACGACACCGCCAUGGACAUCUGGGGCGGGGAGAACUUCGAGAUCUCGUUCCGGGUGUGGCAGUGUGGUGGCAGCCUGGAGAUCCUGCCCUGUAGCAGAGUGGGUCACGUCUUCAGGAAGAAACACCCGUACGUCUUCCCUGAGGGCAACGCCAACACCUACAUAAAGAACACACGUCGCACAGCGGAGGUGUGGAUGGACGACUUCCGUCUCUUUUACUACUCUGCUCGCCCGGCGGCACGAGGAAAAUCCUACGGAGAUGUCCAAGGCAGAGUGGAACUACGCAAGAAGCUCAAGUGCAAGUCCUUCAAGUGGUACUUGGACAACGUCUACCCAGAGCUCAAGGUCCCGGACGACUCUGACUCCCAGUCCGGGGUGAUUCGCCAGAGGCAGAACUGUCUGGAGUCUCGUAGGGUAGAGGGCCAGGAGAUGCCCGUCCUCACAUUGGCUCCCUGUAUAGGAACAGAGGGGGUCCCCGCCAUCAACCAGGAGUGGGUGUACACUCACGGCCAGCAGAUCCGUCAGCAGCAGCACUGCUUGUCUCUGUCCACCACCUUCCCCGCCUCCCAGGUCCUGCUGCUGCCCUGCAACAUGGCCGACGGCAAGCAGCGGUGGCAGAAGUCGGGGACUCACCUGGAGCACCUGGUGUCCCGGUUCUGCCUGGACUCGGAGAUGGCUCUGGACGGGAUGGACUCGUCCCGGAUGCUGGUCAUCAGCCCCUGUGAACUCAGCGCCUACACACAGAGAUGGGAGGUUCCCUUCUCCUGACCCCUGACCCCUGACCCCUGACCUCCCCCCAGCUUCUCCUCGCUCCCGUCCGUCACUCACAUCCUCCCGCCUGGAGGCAGCCGCUGCUCGGACAGACCGGAUGCAUGAGCAAUCAUUUCACAGCGCCACCUCCUGGAGGAGAUCAGAGCUGGAGAAGACUGAGCUCUGACGUCUCUUCACUGUUCAGCUCCGUGAGGAGAGAACGGUGGAAAAUAAGACGAGAGCAGGAGACACGCGAGGAGCACGUGGACGAGUUUAAGCCGAGUUAAAUCAAGUUAGACCGAGUUAAACCGAGUUAAACCGAGUUAAACCGAGUUAAACCAAGUUAAACCGAGUGCACCUUAAAACCCUGGAAGAGCUGAGAAAAAAAAAAACACGUGAAUGUUUUGUUUGAUCUUUUGCAUUUGAAAGUGUUUGUUCAAGAAUCUGAGAAUUAAAACAAGCACAAGUGUCUGUUACUGUCUUCAUCACUGAAGAUCAACGGACACCAGCUACACACACAACACACACAAUAUACACAAUAUACACAAUAUACACACAACAUAUACACAAUAUACACAAUAUACACGAUACACGAUAC